AUGCCGGAAGUGGGUCCGGAUGCUGCUGUGGAGUUUUCGGAUUGGAUCUACGAAGCUGAGCAGGUGAUCGGGAGCAUCGCUGAUAAGGCGACGCUAUGGUUUUCGGCCUGCAUGGAAGUGGCGAGGACCACCUAUGAUCAGUAUGUCAUUUCCUCACCGCUUCAGAGGUUGACUUUGACCCCGGUGAUUCCGGAUGAGCUUCGUGACCCUCGUUGGUCACGCUUGGAGCGAAAGGUCACCAUGAUGUUGCUUGCCUCCAUGCGCAAGCCUGCCAAGGACGAGGUGAUCACGCACCGGAUUUCCACAGUGCCCGCGUUGUUGUACAGGAUGUUCAUCUUAUAUCAACCAGGUGGCUCAGCUGAGCGAGGAACUAUAUUACGCCAUCUGGAAGGGCAGUCAGCCGGGAAUGAUGUGUAUCAGUGCAUCACGGCGCUUCGCAAAUGGCGCAGGUAUCUUCAGCGGGCGGAGGACAUCGGCAUCUCCGUUCCGGACGGCUCGGUCCUUCUGAAAGGGGUUGAGGCCAUCACGGCUCAGACCUUAGAGGCGCUUCCCGAUGUCAAGUUUCGUGUUGCCCUGGCCAAAAAUGAGCUGCAGCUUCACAGUCGUUUGGAGGCAGAUUCGGUCAUCCGUUUCUCGAAUGCAAUCAUGGCCGAGCUUCAGACGGCAGCACCGGCACGACAAGCAGCAGGUACCUCAGAGCCAGCAAAGCUCAAGAACAUCAAUGUGGCCGAGAACACUGGAACAUCUUCGCCUUCGGCGAAGGCAAAGGCCAAGGCGAAUGUCCCAUGCAAGUUCUUCCUCACUGAGGCUGGAUGUUCAAGGGGAGCAAAUUGUGGCUACUCCCACCAGUUCACGAAGAAGGAGAAGGUUGUGGCGGCCAAUGUUGCUGACACGGAAGCCCAGAUGAAGCAGCUCCUCGAGGAAGCUAAUGCCAUGAUGAAGGAGAUGAGAAAGCUGAAGAUGUUGGCGUUGUCUUCCACGGAGGUUAAGAACAAUGCGGCAGCAAGGAGGUGUGGGCCUAUGACAGGACGAACCGGGUUGUUGGAUUCAGGAGCGUCACACCCGUUUCGGUCGGCGUCUACAGACGAGCUGCAGGAGGCGACCCGUGUCCGAGUUCAACUUGCAAACGGAUCGGAAGUGACGCUAGCCCAAAACAGGGCCGGAACACUCUUGGCUUCCACACCGAAGGACGGAGAUGAACUUUCGCCGAUUGUUCCGCUAGGAAGCCUCGUCAGCGAGUUAGGGUGUGACUUGGUGUGGACUCGCAGCCGCGGACUGGAAAUUCGCCAUCCACAGCACGGACUCAUCAAGCCACGCAUUGUGGGCCAGUGUCCGGUGAUCGGCGAGUCGC